AUGCAAGUAAACCUCCUCAAAACUCCAGCACCUCCGCCGGUCAAUAUGUCGCUCUCCCGCCACCUCCUCCGCCAACUGUCCUCCACGCCCAAACCCUCCCCAUCUUCAGCUGCCAAUCUCUCCUUUCUCCGAAGAGACUACGCCCGGAAAGUCAAGGAAAUCCGGAAGGAUUACAUCAAAGAAUUGGAAUCGCAGAGGCUCGAGAAAUUGCGCAAAGACGCGGACAAAAAAGAGGCACUGAGAAUCGCAAAUGAGAGAAAAUCCGCAAAGGCUGCGAAGAAGAAGGCCGAGGCUAUUGAGAGACAGGCCGCCGAAGAAGAGUUCCGGCGAACUGACUCCCCGCGAUCCGAAGCUCAGCUCUCCUUUCUCCGAAGAGACUACGCCCGGAAAGUCAAGGAAAUCCGGAAGGAGUACAUCAAGGAAAUGGAAUCGGAGAGGCUCGAGAAAUUGCGCAAAGACGCGGACAAAAAAGAGGCACUGAGAAUCGCAAAUGAGGAGAGAAAAGCAGCAAAGGCUGCGAAGAAGAAGGCCGAGGCUAUUGAGAGACAGGCCGCCGAAGAAGAGUUCCGGCGAACUGAUGAAGGAAAGAGCAGAGAAGCUCGAAUAUUGGAGGAGGAGACAAAUGAAAAUUGA